AUUAGUAGCGUCUGUCCGUCUCGUAGCUGCUGCAGGAUUGUUGUCAUUUUCUGUGGCUAGCGUUUAGCGCUGGCUAGCCGUUGGAUUUUUCUCUCCAACAUACUCUGAUCCAGCAGGAUGUUAGGAUGGAGUGUGGCCCAGUUCUGCCGGACAGCCUGGUGUUGGAGAUCUUUCUGCGUCUGCCCCAUGAUGCUGUGCUGAGAGCUGGUCUGACCUGCCGACAGUGGCUGGCUGUCUCCAGAGAUGAGUUCCUGUGGAGGGAGCUGUUCUACAGCUACUACCGCAUUCCCCGCUUGGUACCCCGGCACCCUGCGGCUGUAUCGUGGUACAGGGAGUUCAAGCGUCUGUUUGACUGCAUCCCCUGUGUGGAGGUUCAAACUCUGAGAGAGCACACCGACCAAGUCCUUCACCUGGCUUUCUCUCAUCGGGGUCACCGCUUCUCCUCCUGCUCAAAAGACUGUACUGUUAAGCUAUGGGACACUGAGCGGCCAGAUGGUAAUAUCUCCUUGGUGCACAGCUCCAGCAUGCGGCAGUUUAACUGGGGCUACACCCAGUUCUCCCAGUUCAACGCUGAUGACAGCCUGCUGCUCGUCUCGGGUGUCUACCUGGGACCACACCACUCGUCAUCAGGAGAAAUCGCUGUCAUCAGUCUAGAAAAUUACACGCUGUUGUCGCGGGUCAGGAACAAGCCCUAUGAUGUCUUUGGCUGCUGGCUGAAUGAGACCCACCUGAUAUCUGGAAACCUGCACUGGAUAGGCAACAUGACAUCCUGCUCUGUGCUCUGGCUCAAUAAAGCCUUCCAGGAUAUCGAAUCGGAGAACGUCAACGUGGUCAAGCGCCUUUUCAAGAUCCAGAACAUCAACGCCAGCACCAUUCGCACGGUGAUGGUGGCCCACUGUCGGCGGCACGAUAACCCGGACUUGCUGUUGGACUAUGAAGCUCAGUCUCAGGCCCGAAGGCAGAAGGGGCAGCACCACCACCAGCCUCUCCUCUUUGACUUGGCAACGUCCGGUAGCGAGGAAGAAGAGGAGCAAGAAGAGGAGGAAGAGUGCCAGAGGGGAGCGAGAAGUCACGGCCUCCCCAGUCCUCGUCUCCCUCAGCCGACCAUGUCGGGACUGGAGCACGUUAUACAUAGCCGAAAAAACGUGGGGCAGAAGGAGCUGGAGAUUGAGACCCAGGUGGCUCAGUUGAUGGGCAGAGCCUACACGAAGCCCCCUGACCCCAGCCUCACUGAGCCGUCCGAGUCUGGGGAGGAAGACAAAACGUACUUACUCUUCACCACCGGCAGCCUUACAUACUCCCCUCACCAGAUAGGCAUUAAGCGAAUCAGGCCUGAACAGAUGACCACUUCGGGUCCUGUUCUCGGCGAAGAGCGAAGUUCAGACGAGUUUUUUGAUUCCCUGGAUCAUGUUAUUGAUAUCCACGGUCACAUCAUUGGCAUGGGCCUUUCUCCAGACCACAGAUACCUGUAUGUUAAUAGCCGGGCUUGGCCAGCUGGAUGUGUGAUCUCAGACCCCAUGUCUCCGCCCCCCAUCGCCGAGGAGAUCGACCUGCACGUGAUUGACCUGAAGAGUUUGAGAGAGGAGAGAAGAAGCCUGCGCGCUCAUCGAGCUUUCACACCCAACGAUGAGUGCUUCUUCAUCUUCCUGGACGUCAGCAGAGACUUUGUUGCCAGUGGAGCCGAGGACAAGCACGGCUACAUCUGGGACCGUCACUACAACAUCUGUCUGGCGCGUCUGGCACACGACGAUGUGGUGAACUCGGUGGCGUUCAGCCCCGCCGACCAGGAGCUGCUGCUGUCCGCCAGCGACGACUCCACCAUCAAGGUGUGGCGUUCGCCGCGAAUGAUCCGCCUCGCGCAGGCCUCCGCCCGGCCGCCCAGACCACGCAGCCUCCUGCCGUCCUGGCUGAGCCGCAGCAAGAACUCCUGCAUCAACGGAAAACCAUGAGUCAGGCUGGAAAACACUUGAAGCGGGAGGGGGAAGCAUGGUGAGGAAAGUCUGAUCUUUUCCCUUUGUGGUAUGAAUAUAUACACACCCCAUGUAUGUGUACAGCGUGGGCACAGUCUGUUGUUUUCGCUUGAGCUCACGGUGUCGUGACCUAAAGCAGUGACUGAUUCAGCUGACAGGAAACGAUAGCGGCUCAGACACAAGGGGGCGCUGUUGUGCCAGCAGAACUGACUGCAGACAGAAAUGAUACGCAACGUUAACACAGGUAGAGAUGUAGAGAGUGUAGAGCUGACGCCUAAACACAGAUGCCCAAAAACUGCUCCCCUGAAAGAUGGUUGUUCUCCUUUUUUUUUUUUUUUUUUUUUUUUCUUUAAAAAAAAAAUCAGUAAAGUUGCGUCCGAACAGUUUGGACUCCUGGAUGUGACGUACACAUGUAUACAAAGGUCCUGCUCCUUUAGGGCAAAGUGCAACUGAGAAUAAGCUGAGAAAUGUUCGUUUUCCUAUCAGCGGCUGUAUCCAAUUGACGUCUCGAGUUAAAAGUUCCUCAUAAACGCUUUUCUCAAAGAUUUUAUAAAAGAGUAUAAAACGAAAAGGGAAAAGGAGUUUGAGCUGCAUUUAAUGCGGUCUGCUUUUUUUGUUUGUUUGUUUUGUUUGUUUGUUUGUUUUUUGUCUGUGCCCGGGAAAUGAUUCAUCACUAUUCUAUUAAAUGUAGAAUUACUGAGCAGUUUAAUAUAAGAGGAACCGCUGGCUGUGAAGAAGAGUUGUUUGUGUAGCUGAGUGUUUAUUGGAUCUGUAUAAUAUAAAAAUGUAUUUAAACCCUUUUCAUUCAUUAGCAUCACAACGCUGCACCCUUUAUUUUGCAGAAUUUUGUUAAUUAAUUUUGCUUUUCUUAUUUAGCAACAUAUUGUGUCCCCCCUCUGGAGAAAGAAACUUUACAAGUAGAGCCUUUUUAGGCAAUUACCUAAAUCAGGGAUGUCAAAUUCAUUUUAUGCUGCGGGCCACUUUGAUCUGAAGAGAACCAGACCAGUAAAAACAUUUAAGUAAACAUUUAAUCCCUGACAUUCAACACUACAUGAUCGUUUUUCUACAUGAUAAAUGUGUAAAAUUGCAGAAAAAGUGGUAGCACGUUGCCCAGACUGUCCUGUAUUUAUAAAACGUAAAGGUUUUGUUAAUUACUCUUUUGUUAAACUGUGGACCCACGUUUUUUUUUUUGUUUUUUUUGGUUGAUAGUGUAAAAACAGGAAUCUGUUACUUAACUGCUUUGGUGUGGUAUGAAUGGGGGAGGUCUGUGUGAGUCAAAAAAGCUGCAAAACUUAUGAAAAUACAGUAAAAAUUUCCAAAUCUAUGCAAUCUUUUCCAAAGCCGUCCAUUGAAGUCUUUGCCGGGCCCAUUAUGGUCCUCAGGCCUUAUGUUUGACACCCCGACCUCGAGCUCCAAUUGGUCCUGUGGAUUUUAAAUGAAAGCCGCCGUUCUCCAGUUUGUCCACAGACUGCUGAACAGUGCUGUAGUGUAUAAAUAACUAAUGUAUCUCCUUAAGGAUUAGAAGGCAGUGUUAAUCUUUAUUUUAAUGUGGCACACAUGUAACUUUUAAUAUCACUCUUUAUUUUUUAAACAUUAAUAUGCUGUAAUAAAGAUAUUCAGUGGAUUUCAUGUUGUAACUUACGUUGCGUACCAGUGCCACAGACUUUUACCCAAAGCAAAGCAAUAAUGAGUUUCAUGGACCUUUCAGGUUGCACAAGUGGCGCCUAUUACUUGAAAUUAAAUUCAGUUUAGAAAUGCUUAAAAAUAUUUUGACUAAUUUUAUUAGUCUUUUUUUGGUAAGUUGACAAGAAACAACAGAUUAAAAACACUUCCACAGAAACAGACAGAAAGUAUAAAGGACUGAAGACAAAUUGUGUUGAAAUGUCUGUUGGUAUUUACAUCAUACUUUAAGUCCCCUUUGAGGUGCUUUUGCUGGUAAACACAAAGCAAAACAAAAAGUAACGCAUGGUUACAGCUACAGUUCAACCAGCACAAAGGUACUUUACUGGCUUCUUAUUUACAUUUCCACGCAGAUGCCUGUUUAAAGAGGACGUGACUGAUUUUAAAACAUGGCUUUAAUUAUGAUUGGGCGACUGUUUCACUUGUUGACUUUUCAGAAUCCCCUGUGAAUCCGACACUUGAACAAGCAGGUUUCAUUCAACUGAACAGUGUUUUGUUUUUUUCCCCCAUGUUUUUAAAUUUGUUUAAAAAGUCACAAACUUUCUCCUUUUUUCCCCCCGAGCUCCCCUUUCACUUCCUCCUCAUCACACUGUCAUGUUUUGCCAAUGUUUGCUUCCUCAUGAUCAUUUUUUUCCAGCUUGUGUUCUUUUCAAAACCUCCACGUUAAUAAAGCGCAUGCCCUGCAAAUCCAGAAAACUGAA